AUGUCCAUCAGUGUGAAUCUGAGGAAGAUCUCCAACCUGCCGGGACGAUACGACAGGAAGGUCGAGCUUUGCUUCAGAGGUUUCACCCAUAAAACCAAAGUCCUGCAGUGUGAGAACUUUGCCAUCUUCAACGAGCAUUUCCGGUGGCCUCACUAUGGUAAAGUGAUCAGAGAUGAAGUUUUGUCCAUCAGUGUUUACAACUGCAGUAAAGUCUUCUCCAACAGACUGCUGGGUAAGCUGGUCGUCAGCCUCCAGCAUGUCGUCACAGCGGGGAGGCUGUUGCUACGGGAACCGCUUACUGACGCCAACUACAGCCCGACUGAUAUUUACAUCGAGUUGGACAUUCGGUAUCAUCCAGUUGAGGGAGCAGCAGGAAACUGGGAGGGACUCGACUUCCUGAAAGUCGAAGACCAGGAUGAAUCAGCUCUGGUCAUCAGGAAUGACGGAUUUAAUGACCCUGAAAGUCAGCUGACUGUCGCUCGCCCAGGUCAGCUGGAGAGAGAGGCUCGUCAUCUGGGCCGGAGCCUGGUCCGGACUGGGGAUGAAGAUGGAGAUGACAGUGAUGAUGACAUUAUGGACCUGGAGGCCUCCGACAUCAUCUUCACUCCUCUGCUGAGUCGUUGCAGGCCGAUGAACAAAUAUGUUGCCACUUCGAUGCCCAAAGUCCAGAGCUUCCAGUUGAACGUGAACAUCCUGGAGGCUCAGAAACUGGUCGGAGUGAACAUCAACCCUGUAGUUUUCAUCAGAGUGGGGGAUCAGAAAAAACGCACCCAGACGCAGAAAUCCACCAACUGCCCGUUCUACAACGAGAACUUCCAGUUUGAGUUUCAGGAGGCUCCACAGAUCCUCUUUGAUAAAGUCAUAGAGAUAAAGGUGUUCCACCGGCGGACUCUGGCCUUCCUGUUGACCCACAUUGGAACCUUUAAGAUUGACAUCUCCACCGUGUACAACCAGCCAGACCACCGCUUCUACCAGAAGUGGGCUCCUCUCACCGACCCGACAGACACCAGGUCAGGGAUCAAGGGUUACGUCAAGGCCAGCCUCAGUGUGCUGAUGAAGGGAGACGCUAUGAGCAUGCCCAGUCUGCCACCACCCUCAUCUGGAGCCAGUGAGGACAUUGAAAAGAACCUGUUGCUUCCUCGUGGUAUGGCUUCUGAGCGUCCGUGGGCUCGGUUCCGUGUCCGGGUCUACAGGGCCGAGGGUCUGCCCACCAUGGAUGCGGGGCUGAUGGCCAAGAUGUCAAAGGCCACUGACCGGACAAUCUUCAUCGAUCCAUACGUACUUUUGACCUUUGCUGGACAACAGGGGGAGACGUCGGUUGCCAGCGCCACCAACUGUCCAGUUUGGAACGAGGAAAUCUCCUUCAUUGAGCAGUUUCCUCCUCUGGCUCAGCGAAUCAGAGUCCAGGUCCUCGAUGACGCCAAGAUGGGAGACAUCGCCCUGGCAACACACUUCCUGGACCUGCAGCAGAUUUCUGACCACACUAGGAAUGGGUUUAAUCCCACUUUUGGACCAAGUUGGGUGAACCUGUACGGAUCUCCUCAGAACUCGACCCUUGGAGACGUCCACCAGGCCUUGAACCAGGGUCUGGGUGAAGGAAUCUUCUACCGCGGUCGGAUCCUUCUCGCUCUCUCUGUGGAGGUUUACUCCUCCCCUACUGCCGUCACCCCAGAAAAAAGCUCUGCUGCCUUAGGAAAGGUGAAGGGAGCGCUGGGGAAGUUCGGACUGAAGAAGAAGAAGAGGAGCAGCAAGAAGGGAAAUAAUAAGGAAGCGUCUGCUUCUGCCAGCGCAGUGGUCGACGACUCUGGGGACGCUGGAGUUGAGGUACCAGAGACUGUUACCGUGGAGAUUGAGGAGAUCCACCCACUCCCGGAGGGUUUCGCGGGACAACCGGAGGACUUUCUGUUGUUUGCAUCUCUGUUUGAAGUCACUUUGAUGGACCCAUCUGUAGGAACCAGGCCGGUGACCUUUGAACUCUCCAUAGGGAAUAAUGGGAAGGCCGUGGGGGUUGAGAGAUCCAAGAAGAGCCAGAGCAAGGAGGAGCUGAGGAGGAGCAGGGAGGAGCUCAGGAGGAGCAGAGAGGAUCUGAACGAGGAAGCGCAGGGCCUGCUGGAGUCAGAGGACGAGCUGGACCGAGAGGAGGUCCUGAGUGCCGAACCCGAGUCCAGAUCUGUGUCUGCUCCAGUUAGACCCGAGCCCACCGAGUUUGACAGGUCGUUCCAGUGUAUUCCUCUCCAGCCUCCCUCCGAGAAACAGAAGCCUUGUUUGUUUGUCUGGUCUCAGUUUGAAGAUCACAACUUUCGUUUCUAUCAGUCCAACUGGCUCAACAAGACGGCCGACAGGCUGGAGUUCGGUCUUGAUGAGGUGGAGCGUCUCUCGAGGAGGCCGAGGAGCAACGCGAAGGAGCGAUUGGUGGAUGUGCUGCUGGAGCUGGUGGCCGCAUGCAAGCAGUUUAAUGUUUUCGCAGACAGGAGGUCUCAGUCUCGUCCCAACAACCUGGACAGAUGCAGGAAGGACUUUAUCAAGAAGAAUUUGGUCUUUCUGGCCAGACAGGCAGUGAGGUUCAGGCGGAGGCUCACCAGGCGGAUGGUCAAACAGCGGUUGAUGGACAGCAAGAAACUCCUGAGGAAACUGCGCCUGCUGGCUAAAGAGCCUCAGACCACCAUCCCAGACGCGUUUCUGUGGUUACUGAGUGGAAGCAAGCGGUUGGCUUACGUCCGGAUCCCCGCCUACUCCAUCCUCUUUUCAUUGGUGGAGGAGCAGAGGGGGCGGGACUGUGGCAAAGUCACCACCCUCUACAUGAAGUCGCCAGGAGGUUCAGCGUAUCAGAUCUUCGCGAAGCUGGAGGUCUACCUGUGGCUCGGUCUGGCCAAGUACAGCAAAGAGGUCACCACCUCCCUGCCGGAGGAGUUUAAACCGGUCUAUGAGGAAGAGGAAGAGGAGCAGAGGAGGCUGGUGACGCCAGGGAAGAGGAAGCUUCCUCUCACUCUGUCCUGCCAGGACAGCAGGUACUUCCAGCUACGAUGUCACCUGUACCAGGGGCGUGGCCUGAGAGCUGCCGAUGACAACGGCCUAUCAGAUCCUUUCGUCAAGGUCGUCUUCUCUACACAGUGCCAGGUCACCCGGGUGAUAAAUGAGACUCUCUCUCCCGCCUGGUGUGAGUGUUUGCUGUUUGACAGAGUUCUGCUGGAGGGGACGAGGGAGGAGCUCCAACAAGACCCGCCUCUCGUCGUCAUCAACAUCUAUGACCAAGACUCCAUGGGCAGUAUAAAGCCUCUGGGUCGGGCAUUCGCCGAGCCAGAGUUCAAGUUGGUGGAGCAGCACUACCAGAAGCCCCACCUCCGUUACUAUGACAUCAUCAUGGGCAAGGCACCCGCUGGCGAGCUGUUGGCCGCCUUCGAGUUCAUCGAGCUGGACUACUCUGGGUUUGGAGAGCCCUGCCUCCCCAGCAGUGUGGAGCCUAAAGAGCUGACCUAUCUGGAGGAGCACUAUUGUUACAUCAUCCCAGAAGGAGUCCGACCUGUUCUGAAGACCUUCAGGAUUGAGGUGCUGUUCUGGGGUCUGCGGGAGCUGAAGCGGGUGAACCUGUUUGAGGUAGAGCGCCCCCUGGUGAGGGUGGAGUGUGCUGGACAACAGCUGGAGUCUGAAGAGAUGGAGAGCUACAAGAUUCACUCCAACUUCAAAGAAAUCGUCCGCUACAUCAACGUGGAGCUGCCGGAGCAGGCCUACCUCCACCCUCCUCUGACGCUGUUCGUGCUGGAGCAUCGGGCAUUAGGUCGGCUCGCUCUGGUCGGGACCCACAUGGUCCAGAGCCUCAUAGACUACGCUCCACGCACGCCCGGUGGGGAGGACGAUGAGGAGGAAGACGAACGUAAACCAAAAGUGAGGCAGAAUCCGAAGAAGGCCAACACUCUGAUGUUGGUGAAGGAUAUCGGACUCAGCGGCCUGCCAAUUAAACAGUCAAAAAUUCCCAUGAACCCCAUGAAGCUGAUUAAUGCCCCUCUGAAUAAGCUGUUCAAGAAGGGUGGGGAGCGCGAGGCGCUAGAGGAGGAGACGCCAGAGAAGGAGCAGCUGGAUUGGUGGUCAAAAUACUACGCUUCGGUGGAAGAGAUGGAGAGACAGGCCAUUAAGGAAGGGGAGAUGGAGGAACAAGCAGAGCACGAUGGGGCUAAUCUGACCAUGGCGAAUAUUGAAGAAGAGGAGGAGGAGGAAAUCGUGGUGGUGGAGGUUAAACCUCCAAAACGCAAGAACAUUGCCACGCUAAAGCUGUAUGGAGGCGAUCUGGAGUCGGAGUUCAGUCAGUUCCAGGACUGGCUGAAAACCUUCACGCUGCAUAAAGGCAAAGCGAGCAUUGAGGAUGAGGACGAGGAUGAGGACGAGAGACUGAUGGGAAAAUACAAGGGCUCCUUCCUGGUUUAUCCGAUCGAUCCGGGAGAUGAAGACGACCCCACGUUUCAGAUCACCAAUGGAAUCCCCAAAAACACAGCGAUCAAAGUCUUGGUCCGAGUCUACGUCAUCAAGGCCACCACUCUGGCUCCCACAGACCCGAACGGUAAAGCCGACCCGUACCUGGUGGUCCGAGCUGGAAAGCAGUCCCUGGACACGGUGGAUCGAUACAUCCCCAAACAGCUCAACCCCACGUUUGGAGAGGUGUUUGAAUUCACGUUGUCUUUCCCGCUGGAGACGGAGUUGGUUAUCACGGUGAUGGACCACGAUAUCAUUGGAGCCGACGACAUGAUCGGCGAGACGCGGGUUGACCUGGAGAACCGAUUCUACAGCCGCCACAAGGCCUCCUGCGGUCUGGCUCUCUACUACGACACUGACGGUUACAAUAAAUGGCGCGAUGGGAAAAACCCUACGGCCGUUUUGGCCGAGCUCUGCAAGGCCAACGGCAUCCCGUCUCCAGAGUACAGAGUGUCUCAGGUCAAAGUCCUCAACAAAAUCUUCAAGAUCCCACCUGACGCAGUACCUGAAGGUCUGCUAAAGAAGAACCAGCGGUCUACGGAGGAGGAUGCAGAGAUGGAGGAGCACCAGGCCCUGAGCGUGCUGCGUCGCUGGGGGGAGAUGAAUGAGUUCAUCCCUGGAGCCGUUCCUCUGGUCCCGGAGCACGUGGAGAUCCGGUCCCUCCUGAACCAGGAAAAACCGGGACUACCACAGGGUUACCUUCAUAUGUGGGUUGACAUGUUUCCAACUGACACCCCGGCUCCGCCCCCUGUGAACAUCAAGCCCCGCCUCCCUGAACAGUACGAGCUGCGAGUGAUCAUCUGGAACGCCGACGACGUGUUUCUGGACGAUGUCAACCCGUUCACCGGAGAACCGAGCUCUGACAUCUACCUGAAAGGCUGGAUAAAAGGAAUGGAAGGAGAAAAACAGGAGACAGACGUCCACUUCAGCUCUCUGACCGGAGAAGGAAACUUCAACUGGAGAUUUGUGUUUCGCUUUGACUACCUUCCUACUGAGAAAGAGGUGGUGUUUAAGAAGAAGGAGUCAUUUUUCUCUCUGGAGGAGUCAGAGUUUCGACAGCCGGCUGUUCUGACGCUGCAGGUCUGGGACUACGACCGCAUCGGUACCAACGACUUCCUGGGCUCCAUAGAGCUUCGUCUCAAUGACAUAGUGCGAGCGGCAAAGUCGUCCAGUAAAUGCACGAUUCAGAUGGCGAAGGAACGCGCCGGCCCUCGAUUGUCCAUCUUUCGCGCCAAGAAGAUGAAGGGCUGGUGGCCGCUGAUCCGCCGGAAGACGGCAGAGGACUUUGAGAAGGAGGAGAAGGAGAAGGAGGAGGCCAAGAAGAAGGGAAAGAAGAAGAAGAAGAAGACAAAGGACAAGAGAAGUAACAUGAAACAGGAGGACAUCGAGUACACUGACAGCGGCGGCAACACUUUCCUGCUAAUGGGGAAGGUGGAGGCGGAGCUGCAGCUGGUGACAUUAGAGCAGGCGGAGGGCAACCCUGUGGGUCGGGCACGCAAGGAGCCGGAGCCUCUGGACAAACCAAAUCGUCCCUCCAUCAGCUUCACCUGGUUCAUCAACCCGAUGAAGACCUUCAUCUUCCUCAUCUGGAAGAAGUUCAAGAAGUACAUCAUUGCUCUGGUCAUCCUCGCCAUCCUCUCGCUCUUCCUCGGCCUCAUCAUCUACACGCUGCCGCAGCAGAUCAGCUCCCUCAUGAUCAAAGGGUGA